AUGUGGAAUAUGGUGAGCGAACCCCUCGAGAACUGUCAACUUCAACAUACGGGGUAUUGGUGCUGUCUACAUAUGGAAGGUGCGGCGAGAACAAUCUCCGCUCGCAUGCUUGUCUAUCGCCAGCCUUGUGCCUGGAUCCCUGUUCCUGGAGACUUCAACCCCCAAGGACCUCAUUCACGCGGUCAAAGAGAAGCAGACGCUGUCCCCUUUCGUGUUGCCGCCGACGGCACAACAUACGGAGCCCGACUCUCGAAGAUAACCACAUCCCAAUCGCACCCAGCCCCCACUCUCUUCAACAUGCCCGCGCCUCGGACCCCCCGCUUCAGCUUCGCCUACAACAGCAUCCUCCUCGACCACCGAAAGAUCCAGACGGGACGGGCCAUGAGUCGAGUCAAGGCAAACUACCACCUGUUCCUCCGCAACCAGCCGAGAAAACCGCACUUCAAGAUCCAAGACCUCGGGCCCAGAAGGAGGUGGCAGGUCCCCAAGAUGAGGCAGAUUGAGGAUUGA